UAGCUCUGGCAGCUGCCGUCGAGGACAAGGGCCGUACGACACCGACGAUAACAAAAACAUCCUAUCAUACAGAAGUACGACGACUGCACACGAGCUACGAUAGCGAUAUUGGUAGGAGCAAGAGGACGAUGUCCAACGAAUCCACCAGUUUUUCCAUCGAGCGGGUCUCUGAGCGUGAGCAUUAUCGCUUAGCCUCAUCUGUAUCAACAGAAUACCUCAGGCUGGAAACCCUAAGCGGUGAGAAGCCCAAGGUCUCCCGAGGAUCUGUGACUGGCGAGUCUGUCAUCUCGGAUACACGCAGAGACCGACCCGCAUCUUUGACCGAUGCCACCAAGCUCGAUCAUAGCCUAAAUUACGAAUUCCACACCGUCGACAAGCGAAGCAACAACCUCUACAAUCUCAGAGUUGACCUUGCGCCUGAAGGCUAUAUCUCAGUGUACAUGUCCAACAGUACAACCUACGAAUUCUGCGAAAACCAAGUAGAGCAAAACCCUCCAAAGACACGUGAACUACACCUUGUUGUUCUAGAUGCUACGAAAACGGUCACUAUACCGGUUCACGGAGAGGCAGCUGCUGGUUUCUGCCUCGAGUUUAGGAAAGUAGAGGAUAUAGAUGACUCGAAAAAUAGUAAAGCAACUGCAGAUUUAACAACAACAGCCUUGUCUACAAAGGAAAAGAUGACAAAGGUUUCGAUUACUGAGAAAACAUUGGGGAGCACAUCAACUUUGUCCAAACAUACGUCUUCCCAGGCAUCAGCUUCAGAGACUGACACGUCCUCCGCAACAAAGACUCGAAGCUCGCAUAAUGACGAAACUAGCGAUGGUUCAGAGACAUCCAAGUCUAAGAAGAGAUCAUCUACUUCAGCGAUAUCUUUAGACACUGAAUCUAUCGCCCCAGCACCAGCAACCGAAGUACUCAGCAAGUCCAGGACAAAGUCCUCCGCAAGCGAACCCGACGAAGAUACAUUAGAAACACGCUCAUCGCUACCCACUCCCACGAGAACAGGAUCCACAAUCACUGACAUCUCUGACCCAGACACGAGCACCUCUCAACCCCCCAAGACCAAAUCCAAAACCUCCUCGGCCAAGGAGCCCAAAGAAACCUCCGCGGAUCCAGAACUCACCCCAUCGCCAAAAGCCACACCCCUCGCCCUUCCUACCGGCGCAACACAGACCAGCAGCAAAGAAAACGUCUUCACAAUGUCAAGCAUGAACACAUGGUACCCCUACAUCAGCGAAUACAUCAAAACCGCUGAGGACACCGCAUCGACAGCAGAUGGUACGGAGAAAGAUCCCAUCACGACCACUACCUCUGUGAACGGAGCUAUGAGGCUAGGGGGGCGGGCUGCAUCCAUAGCGACGAAGCAGGCUGGUGGAGCUAGACGUGCAGCUGAAUUGACGCGGGAUGGGAGUAUGCAGUAUACGUCUGAUUAUAGCUGGAUGGGGACUAGUGGUACUGUUUCGACUCCUCGGCUAUACAACUCUGGUAUAGCUUCUGCGACAGCGUCGAGGAACGCGGGGGUGAGGCGGUAUGGGUCGCCGUUUGUGUGGUGGCGUCGAGAUGGUCGGGGAUGGUUGACGGGUGGGUUUGAUGCAAGGAUAGGGAGGAGCGGGUCGGCUGAGAAUGCUGGGCAGGAAAAGAAAACGUUUUUCGAUAUAGCUGUUGAUGAUGAGGGGGACGGAGGGGUUGAGAAACCUACCAGGGUUAGUACGGAGGGGAAAGGAGCAGAGGAUGCGGUUAUUGCUACGAAGUUGGCGGUUAAACAGCAGGGCGGUGGUGACGAGGACGAAAAUGGCCUUGUAGAAGACGGAAGUAGCGAAAAGGAAGAAGGCGCUGAGCUAGAUGAGGAGACGGUGGUUGGCGAAGAGACUGAGCCUGAUGAGGCGGUGAAUGAAGACGGGGGUGGAAAUGAGGAGCCUACGUCUACGGAUGAUGAGAAUACCGCACCGACUACGAGCGUAUCUGCAGACGCCAACGAAGAACCUACAUCCACGAAGAAGAAACCUACAGAAGACGAAGAAGCUACACCUACUAACAACGCGGAUCAAGACACUUCAACCAAGGACGACGACGACGACGACGAUGCUCCAGCCGACGACGAUGCCGACCAGCCCGACAACGACACAUCCACACCUUCCUCCAAGAAGCCCAAGUCCACCAGCCCAUCCGCUACGUCCAACGCAGACACAUCCACACCCCCGAAAACGAAACCCAAACCCGAGUCCCCAAACACAACAUCUCCCAUCCCAUCCCUACCUCCAGGCGUAUCCUUCAUCUUCCCCUCCGCCACCCCUCAAGCAACAGCACCACUUCCCACACCCCCUCCCGCACCAACAGGAACAGCACCACAGCUCAACUCACCAAUCAUCUGGGACCCAGAGUGUCCGCAACUAAGCACGUCAACAUCGACAGCAGAGAAUGGUCUUACGACGAGACUUGGCGUGACUGUUGGACUGGGUUGUUGGCGCAGUGUUGUAUCGUCUGGUAAUGGGGACGAGAAUAAUCACACUUCUCCCUCUUCUUCUUCCGCAUCAUCUCACGCAACAACAGCUACCGCAUUCACCAUCCUCUCCUCCUCCUCGCAAACCCGUUUCCUCGGCGCCUUGUGCUGGCUCAUCAUCGGAUCCAUCUUCUUCUGCUUCGUGUGAGUUUGACUCGACAAUACCAGUUCUCCCACGGGUCAUG